AUGGAAAUAAGACUUGUAAUUGCGGUGUGUUUUCUAACAUUCUUCACUUUAACAAAAGGCCAGUUUCAAGCACCUAGUUUUGCUGGAAUUUUGAAUUUAGUUCGUUACCAAAACUCAGACUGUAUUGGAAGUAAUGGUUUAGAAGGUACUUGUCUAUCUGCCGCAGAGUGUUCUAAUAGAAAAGGAAGUAGCAUUGGCAACUGUGCCAACGGAUUUGGAGCCUGUUGUCUUGAGAAAUUCACUUGUGGUAACAUCACAUCGAAGAACGAGACUGUUUUUGUCCACCGUAACUACCCAUUAGAUGGUGAAAAUGAUACAGACACCUGUCAAGUAACAAUUGAAAAACUGACGGGCGUGUGUCAGUUGAGGUUGGACUUUUUGGAAUUUAGUCUGGGACAACCGGACAAAAAUGGGCAGUGCACAACUGAUUCAUUCAUGGUGAGGACAACGAUAGGAGAAAAGUUACCAGUUUUAUGUGGCGAAAAUAGUGGGCAACACCUUUAUGUUGAUCUGGGAAGAGGCUCAGUAAACCCUGUAGUUCUUAGUGUGGUCAGCAACGGUAACAAUGUGACUCGUCGAUGGAAAAUCAAAAUUAGCAUGAUAAAGUGUAACAGCUUAGACAUGGCUCCUCCUGGUUGUCUACAGUACCAUCGAAAGUCUAAUGAUUUAGUUCGUAGCUUCAACUGGGGGCCAAAGAUAAAUGGUCAAGUUCGUUACCUGAGUAACCUGAGAUACACUGUUUGUACCCGAGUAGAAGAAAACUUUUGUGCUAUUAAGUGGGAAACAGAGACGCCGAACUCCUUCUCGUGGGGCUUACCUCCAACCGGUGGGAGUAAAGGCUCAGAUUGCAACAACGACGAUUUUAUUUGUAUCUCUCAAGGGUCAUCUAAUGGACUGACUGUUGGGGAGGACAGAUUUUGUGGAGUAAAGCUUAUUGACAACAAUGUCAUUAUAACUAAAGCCAGGCCAUUUCUGCUAUUAGUGAAGAGCGAUGCGAACACAACCAUGAAUAACAAAUAUUCACAGAAUGGAUUCUCACUGCGCUACACUCAACUUCCUUGUGUGAUUUAAGGUUGUCCAACAACUUUAUAUAUAAUCUGGUGAACCAGGUGUAUUUCGUGUGUUUAACCAAUGAGAUAGAGGUGAUGCUCUUGACAACAAUAAUUUUC